CCGCGACAUUCCCACCGAUCCAAAACCGCCUUUCCUCUCACAAUGGCCUCGCCCAAUCGCUUGGUCGCCUCGACGGCCUCGAGCUUGAUACGCGCGUCACGGCUGCCAACCACCUGCCCAAGACCAUACCGAGCCCUAAGCAUCUCCGCCGUCCGCGCCUUCAGCCAGACUACUUCUCGUGCUCAAGGCACACCCUCAAUCUUCUCUAUCCCACAGGGAAACUCUUCUGGGACUCCAACAUAUUUUCCAUCGUCAUCAAAAGGCCUCCCUGCGAACACAAUUAUCCGCUUCGUGCCACAACAGACAGCAUGGAUUGUGGAGCGUAUGGGCAAAUUUAACAGGAUAUUGGAGCCUGGUCUGGCCAUCUUGAUGCCCGUCAUCGAUCGUAUUGCCUACGUCAAGAGCUUGAAAGAAAAUGCAUUGGAGAUCCCAAGUCAGAGCGCCAUCACGGCAGACAAUGUCACAUUGGAGCUUGAUGGUAUUCUGUACACAAGGGUGUUUGAUGCUUACAAGGCAAGCUAUGGAGUAGAAGACGCAGAGUACGCCAUCUCGCAGCUUGCUCAAACCACGAUGCGCUCUGAAAUUGGACAACUUUCCCUUGAUCACGUACUCAAAGAGCGCGCCAACCUCAACGCGAAUAUCACCGCCGCCAUCAACGAAGCUGCCCAAGACUGGGGUGUUACGUGCCUGCGUUAUGAGAUCCGCGAUAUCCACGCUCCAGAGGGAGUUGUCGAAGCCAUGCACCGACAAGUCACAGCCGAGCGUUCCAAACGUGCUGAAAUUCUUGAGUCAGAGGGACAAAGACAAUCCGCUAUCAAUGUGGCAGAAGGAAAGAAACAGUCGGUGAUUUUGGCAUCCGAGGCUUUGCGGGCUGAGCAAAUCAACAUGGCGAGCGGAGAGGCUGAAGCUAUCCUUCUCAAGGCACGGGCGACGGCUAACGGUAUCACUGCCGUGGCUCAAUCCAUCGAACAGGGUCAGGAUGCCGCUCAAAACGCCGUUUCGCUCUCCGUCGCUGAGAAAUACGUUGACGCGUUUGCGAACCUCGCUAAAGAGGGCAACAGCGUCAUUGUACCCGGAAACGUGGGUGAUAUGGGCGGUAUGAUUGCGAGCGCCAUGGCCAUGUAUGGAAAGGUCAGCGAGACAAAUGCAAAAGCGGCUGCUGCCAAGUUGGUCUCGGGAGGCUCCGAGUCCAAAGCGAGCAAGAAACUUGCGGAACUGGAGGCUGAAGUCGAUGACACGAAUGAUGUCCACAAUGCCAUCAACAAGGCUAUGGACCAGCGAUUGAACAAGAAGUAA